CACAGUACUGCCGAUGUUGGACAGAGGAUCGCUUAACAGAACGAAAUCUCAAAACAAAUUAACAGGACCCGGUUGCUUGAUUUCCCAAAUCAGGAAAGGCUCGAAAUGUCUAGAGGGGCUGACUGAUGCAGCGGUGACCCGGACUGGAGACAGUUGGACGCGAUCAUCUCUGGUGCUUUUGUUCAACCUUGAAACCUUCGCCACAGGAGACUUGCCUGAGCAGAGAAGCAAACGUGGAGAAACAAAGAGAGAUCUAGCGAAAAGCCUCUGGGACCAAGGAGGGGAGGUGGGACUCUGGGUUGGCGGUGGCACCUGCUGCCGGCUAUUAAUAAUAGGGUCGCGGUGCGUUUAUAAGGUGUUUGAUUAAACAAAGACUCUAUGAGAGAAGAAUAACUAGCAACAGCCCCACGUCUGAGUCGCCGCCUCCGACCUUUUUCAACGUGGGUUCUUUGGGCCGAGCGUCGUUUGCCGAGAACUAGAUCUCACCUGACCCCAGACGCUGAAAACAAGCGCUGUGGCAUCCUGGGCCACCCAAGCUGACAAGGGCGCGCCCCCUGAGCACACGAGGUGCCCCACGAGGGGGCGGGACCCACAGCCGUCCCGCCCGCACCGCGGUGUCCGCUGCGGGCACCUGCAGCCGAGCCGCCACCCGCAGUCGCAGCGCGUCCGGCGGCCGAACCCGGUCGUCAGCUCGUCAGCACCUGCUCUGCUUCUCUCCCGCCCGCCGCCGCGCUGCACGCCUCGAGCGCUCCCUCGGCCCCGGCGGGGACCGGGGACCCCGCAGCCACCGCCAUGCUGCCAGUGCUCUACACCGGCCUGGCGGGGCUGCUGCUGCUGCCUCUGCUGCUCACCUGCUGCUGCCCCUACCUCCUCCAGGACGUGCGGUUCUUCCUGCAACUGGCCAACAUGGCCCGGCAGGUGCGCAGCUACCGGCAGCGGCGACCCGUGCGCACCAUCCUGCAUGUCUUCUUGGAGCAAGCGCGCAAGACCCCGCACAAGCCCUUCCUGCUGUUUCGCGACGAGACGCUUACCUACGCCCAGGUAGACCGGCGCAGCAACCAAGUAGCGCGGGCGCUGCAUGAUCACCUGGGACUGCGGCAGGGGGAUUGCGUGGCCCUCUUCAUGGGCAAUGAGCCGGCCUACGUGUGGCUCUGGCUGGGACUGCUCAAACUGGGCUGUCCCAUGGCGUGCCUCAACUACAACAUCCGUGCCAAGUCUCUGCUACACUGCUUUCAGUGCUGCGGGGCGAAGGUGCUGCUGGCCUCCCCAGAGCUACACGAAGCUGUCGAGGAGGUUCUUCCAACCCUGAAAAAGGAGGGCAUGUCCGUCUUCUACGUAAGCAGAACUUCUAACACUAAUGGCGUGGACACAGUACUGGACAAAGUAGACGGGGUGUCGGCGGACCCCAUCCCGGAGUCGUGGAGGUCUGAAGUCACGUUCACCACACCCGCAGUCUACAUAUAUACUUCGGGCACCACAGGUCUUCCAAAGGCUGCAACCAUUAAUCACCAUCGCCUCUGGUAUGGGACCAGCCUUGCCCUGAGAUCCGGAAUUAAGGCUCAUGACGUCAUCUACACCACCAUGCCCCUGUACCACAGCGCGGCGCUCAUGAUUGGCCUCCACGGAUGCAUUGUGGUUGGGGCUACAUUUGCUUUGCGGAGCAAAUUUUCAGCCAGCCAGUUUUGGGACGACUGCAGGAAAUACAACGCCACUGUCAUUCAGUACAUCGGUGAACUGCUUCGGUACCUCUGCAACACGCCCCAGAAACCAAAUGACCGGGACCACAAAGUGAAAAUAGCACUAGGAAAUGGCUUACGAGGAGAUGUGUGGAGAGAGUUCAUCAAGAGAUUUGGGGACAUUCACAUUUAUGAGUUCUACGCUUCCACUGAAGGCAACAUUGGAUUUAUGAACUAUCCAAGAAAAAUCGGAGCUGUUGGAAGAGAAAAUUACCUACAAAAAAAAGUUGUAAGGCACGAGCUGAUCAAGUAUGACGUGGAGAAGGAUGAGCCCGUCCGUGAUGCAAAUGGAUAUUGCAUCAAAGUCCCCAAAGGUGAGGUUGGACUCUUGAUUUGCAAAAUCACAGAGCUCACACCAUUUUUUGGCUAUGCUGGAGGAAAGACCCAGACAGAGAAGAAAAAGCUCAGAGAUGUUUUUAAGAAAGGAGACGUCUACUUCAACAGUGGCGAUCUCCUGAUGAUCGACCGUGAAAAUUUCAUCUAUUUUCACGACAGAGUUGGAGACACCUUCCGGUGGAAAGGAGAGAAUGUAGCUACCACGGAAGUCGCUGACAUUGUGGGACUGGUAGAUUUUGUUGAAGAAGUGAAUGUUUACGGUGUGCCCGUGCCAGGUCAUGAAGGUCGCAUCGGGAUGGCCUCGAUCAAGAUGAAAGAAAACUACGAGUUCAAUGGAAAGAAACUCUUUCAGCACAUCUCGGAGUACCUGCCCAGUUACUCGAGGCCUCGGUUCCUGAGAAUACAAGAUACCAUUGAGAUCACCGGGACUUUUAAACACCGCAAAGUGACCCUGAUGGAAGAGGGCUUUAACCCCUCAGUCAUCAAAGAUACCUUGUAUUUCAUGGAUGACGCAGAAAAAACAUACGUGCCCAUGACUGAGGACAUUUAUAAUGCCAUAAUUGAUAAGACUCUGAAGCUCUGAAUGUUGCCUGGCUCCUAACACUUCCAGAAAGAAACACAAUAGGCCUAGCAUAGCCCCUUCACAUGUGUAAUCCAACUUUAACUUGAUUAAAGGUUAUAGGUGUGAUUUUUCCUAGGAAAUUAUUCAUUUAAAGGACAAUUGUUUGUUUGUUUGUUUGUUUUUUAUUAAUUACACCAGAACGUUUGCAAGUAAAAAGAUUUAAAGUCACUUAUUUUUCAAUGUGCACCUGCCAUUUGUCCUUGCAAACUUAGCUUCUUGGAGAGAGGGCCUUAUUUUUUUAAAGACAUAAUAAACUAUGUAAACACU